AAGGGGAAAGAGUGACAUGGUCUGUUACACAGGGAAGGGAACUUGCCUCCCUACAUGUAAGGUGCAGCACGGCUGUGCAGCAGAUGCUCCCGCAGCUCCCACAACGUCCAUCCAGCAACUGGGGUAGAGGCCAUGCAGCUUCAGUAUUCAAGGAGGCCUCACUUGAAGCUGAGACAAAAGGCAGCGCCUGCGGCUUGGGAACUCGAGUCUGAACUGCAGGCAUGACCUAAAGGAGAUUUCUGGGAGGUGCAGUCCCGGGAGGUGGAGCUGCCCCACGGAUUCUGCAUACUGAACACCACUGGCCACGCCUCCGAGGAUUCUGGGUGUUGAAGGCCUGGGGCGGUGCCGCGCUGACUCUUCUGGGUACGGGUGAGUUAGUGCUGGACAGCUGAAGAGGGCCUGAGGAUUCCGGGUACUGAGGUCCUGAAGCCGCCCCGCCAAGGUUUGUGGGUACUGAGGUUCGAACUCGCCCCGCCAGGAUUCGUGGUGUAGACGCGUUGGACCCGCCCACCAGGGAUUCUGUGCACUGAAGUCCUGGAACCGCCCCACCGAGGAUUCUGGGUCCUGGAAUCCUGGAGCCUCCCGCCGAGGAUUCUGGGUACGGACGUCUUUAACUGCCCGCCGAGGAUUCUGGGUUCUGGAAUCCGGCCUGCGCACAGGAUCCCGGGUAGUGUCCUCCGGUGGACGGCCACGCCGAUGCGUAGAGCCUCCGUCUGCCUCCGGCCGAGGACGCAGAGCCACCGUCCCCACCCGCCGUCCGUCCCCGGAGCAGCCCUCCGAGGGGUUCCCUUCUCCAUGGAGAGCAGGAAGGCGGCUCUGGGACCCUGGAAGGCCGGCAGAGAGGCUCUGGUGACGUUUGAGGAUGUGGCUGUGGAUUUCACGCAGAAGGAGUGGAAGCUGCUGAGCCCUGCGCAGAGGACCCUGUACAGACACGUGAUGCUGGAGAACUUCAGCCACCUGGAGUCGCUGGGAAUUCCCUGUUCCAAACCAGACCUCAUCACGUGGCUGGAGCGAGGGGAAGAGCCCUGGAGGGAAGAGAGGAGACACCGGCCAGUCCGCUGUGCAGAGAGACAUCGCAGAAGUGGUACCCAGAGCAGCCUGACAACAUGGGUGGUAAAUAGGGACUUGGGAUUUGGCUUCCUGCAUGGCUGGCAGAAGAGCAGGUUGGCAUGUGGGCACAGAAGGAGCUCAGUGGUGUGACCCAUAUUCAUGACUACGCCCUCCUUAGAAAAUGUUCUCAGGAAGGAAGAGGGGCCGAUGCGGCCUGACCUGCGUGCACCAGGCCUUGCACACUACGCCCCUGCCAUCUGCCUCCCAGCUGGGAGAAAUAAAGAAGACAAUGCCUGGUGGCCAUUUUGGGAGGAAUCACCACAAAUUCAUGAGGUUUACCUUCAGCAUGGUCACAUUCUAAGUGAAGAUCUGAGAAAAACUCAUGCUUCCAGCAGGGGAAAGAUAAAGGAACCACUUUGAAAUAUGCCGUGGGGAGAAGUAACUAUUCUGAAAGAUGUCACACACGUACUGACCCACCUAACACGGUCCUGAUCUUGAGACCUACAUCAGCCUCUGACUGGGAGGAAGGGGAGUUGGCCUGCUCCUCCUCCCUCUCGCUCUCCUGUCACACACAGGAGUGGGGGGGCCACUAAGAGAUGCUUCAGAUCCCAAGUAUACCUGAAAACAUUGGGAAGAGCUCAUUUCAACAUGGACAUAAAGUGCAGGCAACCACUUUUUUACUAGAAGCUAAAGAACGUGAACCAUACCUCCUAAAUGUCAAAGAUUCACUGAUUAGUUACAGGGACAUGGGUACACUUUAUGGAAAUUAGUCACAAGAUUUAAAAACACUCUACCCCAAACUUGACCAGCACGUCAAUCGAGCCUAGUAUAGUUGCAGUAAAUUACAACCCAGAGACUCUAUUUAAGAACAAGUUAUUAGGGAAAAACCCACCAGGGGAGACUGAGAGGACACAAGCAGGAAGUGACGCAUCUGACAUGCAGCUACAACAAAUACUAACAGCCCAACUGAGAUAAGUAUAAAACCGCACACUAAAGGCCUGAUUACUUCCAGUUCUGUCAUACCUAACAUCAUUUUUUAAAUUAACAUAUCAUUAAUAUACAAUCUCAUGGAGGUUGUACUUGAGCAGCACUGGUAACAUAAUUUUAAGCAUCCAGCAAAAAAAUGGUAAGGUGGACCCCUCUAGAAAUCAUACUACCAAGAAGAGAGGAGUGAAAUAUUUAACAAAUUGAAAGAAAGAAACCAACCUGGGAUUCUGUAUCCCAUGGUGCUCAUUGAGAAGUGGACAAGAAGGCCUCUCUCAGGCAACAAAAGUGGGAAAUUUUGUCACUAGGCCAGACUUGUAGGAAGUGUUAAAUCUUUCUCAGUGAAAAAAAUGAUAUAUUUAUAUACAUAUGAGAAAUGUACAUGUAUAUGGAUGUACGAUAUAUAUAAGAAUAUCAGUUUUACAUAAAUGAGUUUUGACAAUGAAAUCAAUUUCUCUUAAUGGACAUCCUGAUUUGUUUUCAAAAUAAGAAUAGCAAUAAUGUAUAGCUCUUGAAUAAGUAUAAUGAAUGAACACAGUGAGAAUUGGGAAUACACUGUCAUAAGGUCUCUAACCUGCCCACGA